AGCUGCUCGGUCGGACUGCGACUUCCCGGGAGAGUUUAGAAGGAAAGAGUCAAAAACAAAAGUCCAAAGGUCCUUCUGGCUGCUUUUAACUGUCGCUUUCAGUCCCAUCGGGACCUGCUGUGGAGGACUCACCGGGUCUGUGUUCCUUAACUCGGCCUUUUUGCGGUCCGAGCUGCCGCUGGAUGGGACGCACAUUUUCUGCUCGCUUGUGCUGCGAUGGAAGCGGAGAAACCACCGGGCUCUCCGAGCAGAUGUUUUGAGUGAAAGCAGCAGAGACGGGGAAGAUCUGCAGCAUUUCAUCGUUGUUUUCUUGCUCCCGAUCAGCAGUCUCAUCCAGCAGGUCUGAGGAUUUAUUGAGGAUUUAACCACGUUAUAAAACUCUUUAAAGGCGAUCUACCCGAGAGCUCAGGCUUUUACUUCAGUCUAUUUUUCUUCUGGUUGGCCUCGGAGAUGCUCUGCAGUGAGAGGAAGCUUUAUUUGCAGGAUUUCGGUGCUGAAAAAUUGGGACAAAUGAUUGGACGCACGAUGCUCUGCUGACCGUUUUUCUUCUUUUUUCAAUUUUGGAUGUUCACCUUCGAGGUCGUUCUCCCACCACCACGUCACAGAUAGCAGACAAUGUCUACCGAUAACAGCCCGCCGCCCCUGCCAGCUUCUCCAAGGUCGUUCCAUGCCCUACCUCAUCACCCGGCCCCGCCCACCCCAUCACCUUCCCCCAGCCCGCCGGCCACCAUCUGCAGCCGGCUUUCCAACGGCAGCCAGUCGGCGCCCAGCCCCACGAACUCACGGGGCUCGUUCCACGGCAUCUCCUUCCUGCUUCAGAUCGGACUCACGAGGGAGGCGGUCACCCUCGACCCUGGAGAUGUGUCGCUGUCCUCCGUCAGGGAGCUCGUCUGCUCCAUCGUGGAUCAGAAGUUUCCUGAAUGUGGAUUUUUUGGGAUGUACGACAAGAUCCUGCUCUUCCGUCACGACUUGAGCUCGGACAACAUCCUGCAGCGUCUGACCUCCGCUGAGGAGAUCCAGGAGGGUGACCUGAUCGAGGUGGUGCUCUCUGCUCUCGCCACAGAGGAGGACUUCCAGAUCCGACCUCACACUCUGUACGUUCACUCCUACAAGGCACCGGCCUUCUGCGAUGACUGCGGGGAGAUGCUGUGGGGGCUCGUCAGACAGGGACUCAAAUGUGAAGGAUGUGGACAGAACUACCACAAGCGGUGUGCGUUCAAGAUCCCCAACAACUGCAGCGGCGUGAGGAAGAGGCGACUGUCAAACGUCUCCCUGCCAGGCGCCACCUUGUCUGUCGCUCGUCCACCUUCCACUGACUUCAGCCCGGCACUGCAGGAGGAGCGCCCUCUUCUGGGCGCCAUGAAGCGCAACUCCCUACUGAGCGGCCGGCCCAUCUGGAUGGAGAAGAUGGUCCUGGGCCGGGUGAAAGUCCCCCACACUUUCUCUGUCCACACCUACACCCGUCCCACCAUCUGCCAGUUCUGCAAACGCCUGCUGAAGGGCCUCUUCCGCCAGGGCCUGCAAUGCAAAGACUGUAAAUUUAACUGCCAUAAGAGAUGUGCAGCCAAAGUACCUCGAGACUGCCUGGGCGAGGUCGACUUUAACGGAGAGCCAGCCAGUCCCGGUAUGGACUCAGAGGCGACGAUGGAGGUGGACUGCGAUGUGAACAGCGAUGGAGGUCACAGCAUGGACGAGCAGGACGAGCAGUCCACCGAAGACAAGAUCUUCUUUGAGGGUCCCUGCACAGACUGCGAGAAGGAUGACGAGACGGUCAGAACGAUCAGCCCGUCGACCAGCAGCAACAUCCCUCUGAUGCGUGUGGUCCAGUCCAUCAAACACACCAAGAGAAAAAGCUCCACAGUGGUUAAAGAAGGCUGGUUGGUGCACUACACCAACCGUGACAACCUGAGGAAGAGACAUUACUGGAGGCUGGACAGCAAGAGUCUGACUCUGUUUCAGAAUGAAAGUGGAGCCAAGUAUUACAAGGAGAUCCCCCUGUCUGAGAUCCUGCAAGUGGAGCUGGCGCAAGACUUUGGCAGACUGCCUCAGGGUAGCAACCCACACUGCUUUGAGAUCAUCACGGGCAGCAUGGUGUACUACGUCGGGGAGGACAACGGUGGCCUCUACCACAACCCAGCUUUGGCAGCAUCUGGCGUGGGACGGGAUGUAGGGCAGAGUUGGGAGAAAGCCAUCCGGCAGGCGCUGAUGCCCGUCACGCCCAAGGCUAGCGUCGGCACGGGGCCAGGCCAGGGAAAGGAUCACAAGGAACUGUCUAUCAGCAUAUCAGUGUCCAACUCCCAGAUACAAGAAAAUGUGGAUAUCAGCUCAGUGUAUCAGAUCUUUGCUGACGAGGUCCUCGGCUCGGGACAGUUUGGGAUCGUUUAUGGAGGCAAACACAGAAAGACCGGCAGAGACGUGGCGAUCAAAAUCAUCGACAAAAUGCGGUUUCCUACUAAGCAGGAGAGCCAGCUGAGGAACGAGGUGGCCAUACUUCAGAACCUCCACCAUCCGGGAAUUGUUAACCUGGAGUGCAUGUUUGAGACGCCCGAGCAGGUGUUUGUGGUCAUGGAGAAGCUUCACGGCGACAUGCUGGAGAUGAUUUUAUCCAGCGAGAAGAGCCGGCUACCCGAACGGCUCACCAAGUUCCUGGUUACACAGAUCCUGGUAGCCCUGAGGCAUCUUCACUUCAAGAACAUUGUCCACUGUGAUCUGAAGCCUGAGAACGUCCUGCUGGCCUCUGCAGAGCCAUUUCCUCAGGUGAAGCUCUGCGACUUUGGUUUCGCUCGUAUCAUCGGGGAGAAGUCGUUCCGCCGCUCAGUGGUCGGCACUCCGGCCUACUUGGCGCCCGAGGUGCUCCGCAGCAAAGGCUACAACCGAUCUCUGGACAUGUGGUCGGUUGGCGUCAUCGUCUACGUCAGUCUGAGCGGGACGUUUCCCUUCAAUGAGGAUGAGGACAUCAAUGACCAGAUCCAGAAUGCCGCCUUCAUGUACCCAGCCAACCCCUGGAAGGAGAUCUCAGAAGAGGGUAAGGGAACAUCUGGACUUGGGUUCAUUCAUGUUCACAUUUGUAACAAUUUGUGUGUUUUAACGCCACUUGACUAUUCUUCUCCGACAGCCAAAGACCUGAUUAAUAACCUGCUGCAGGUGAAGAUGAGGAAGCGCUACAGCGUGGACAAGUCGCUGAGCCACCCCUGGCUGCAGGACUACCAGACCUGGCUGGACCUCAGGGAGUUCGAGACACGGCGAGGUGAGCGAUACAUCACUCACGAAAGCGACGAUGCCCGAUGGGAGGAAUACGCUGACGAGAGAGGCUUGCACUACCCCAAACACUUCAUCAUGUCGCCCAACCUGGAUGACAUGGAGGAGGACCCCUAGAGGCCUCGGCCAUGUUGACUUUUCUUAAGAGGGUUAGCCUCAAACCCGGGAAACUGUUGACAGAAGCGCCGCUGUGUAGGCCGCAGGCUUUCCCCCUGCUACAGGUGUGAUGACCUAUGAGGACACGCUGAUCAGGCAGAUCACUGCAGCGAUAAUUCAGGUCCAUAGAAUUAAAAAUUUUCAAAUAUUUUAUCUUUUUCCACUUUCUUUUUCGUUUCUACAAAGCCAUAAACAAACGGACGCUAAGAGCUGAAACACGGAAGCAUCGUGUUUUUUCUCCCCAGAAUUCAACUUGGGGCUUGAACAUAUGUCAGCACUGCCAGCGGAGUCGUGGAAGGGCUAAUCCAAAACCAAACCAGAGACUCGACUCACUUUUUCAGCUCAGAUAGCACAGUUUUAGCAGGUGGUCGUUACAUUUUAGUUCUAAAAAGCUGUGUAGAUGUUAAUGUCGUCUUUUGUGACUAACUGGAACUCACGAGAAACAAGCGCUCUCUCCCGACUGUAGUUUUUAUUUUUGUUGGGAUGUCUUUGCACUAUUGGGAAACUUUUUUUUUCCAUGAGAAUUUCACUGUCAGUAAGUCUCAGUUUGAUCAUCUGCAAAAGUUUGAAGCCAUGUUAGCGCUCCCCCGAGGCUGCAAUUACAAUCUUAAAAUUAGAAAAUGAACGUUGGCCAAAUAGUCAACAAAACAUUUAUUCAAUGCAGAUUAAAUUACUUUUAUCUGACUAGUUUUGAGAACAGAUUUGGCCUUUAAAGCAUCAAAACAAUAUCAAUGCUAUGUUCCAAGACCUGCAGUUCCUCUAAUGGUCACUUGAGGCUGGACCUGCGUCUAACAAUGGUUCUUAAGUAUGAAGUUUGUUUAAUGAACACUUCCUGGACUCGAAUAAGAAAUAUUUUUUUAUGUACCAUUAAUUAUUAGUAGAAUUGGUUAGUUUUUCUAUUUAAAGAAACUCUUUUGCUAACAGAUAGCUGGUGACAGAUGCAGAUGUUAUAUUAAAGUUAAGUGGGUAUAUAUAUCACUGUCUCCGACCUGUAAUAAUGUGGCUGUAUGGCAGAAACCUUUGCAGAGGAACAAACGUGAGUUAUUUUCAGAAACUCUGGAUGAGCUGAGAAGAAUCGAGCUGCUAUUGUCUCCUUUGUCUUUCUGAACUCUAACGUGUUCGUCAAUCCCGAUCUGGCUCCAGCCUGAGAAUUUAUUUCACGUUUUAUAUUUUUGCAAGAAAUGUUUUGUCAUGUGGAUGAAAAUAUUAAAGAUG